AUGUUGCCAGGCGAUCAAAAGGUGAUUUACGGGGCUCCAGGAGACAGAGUUCCUCCUCCAGUGAACGCCCGCAUUACAGAAAAGAGAAAGCGGGUGAUAGAAGAGGAAGAGGAGUAUGUGAAGAAGCCGCCCAAUGCCUUCAUGCUGUUUAGGCAGGAGCAGAGGCCCAAAGUUUUGGCCGACCUCAAAAACUCCGGUUGUGCGGCUGUUAACACCAUCAUUGGACAGAUGUGGAAGGCACUCUCUCAAACGCAGCAGCAGACAUAUUAUGCAGAAUCUGACAAGCUGAGAGAGACCCACAGCCAGCUCUACCCUGGCUGGUCGUCAAGGGACAAUUAUGGAAAAAAGAGGAAGAGGAGCCCGAGGAGGUCCCGGGCUGUGAGGCCAUGAGGGGCAGCCUGAUGUGUCUGGCUCAGGAAUACCCACUGGUGAAGUUCUGCAGCGUCCGCAGCUCGGCCAUCAGCACCAGCGCACUGUUCAGAGACAGCGCUCUGCCCGCUCUGCUUGUAUACAAAGGAGGAGACCUGAUCGGCAACUUUGUGCGGCUCACAGACCAGCUCGGGGAAGAUUUCUUUGCUGUGGACGUGGAGGCCCUGUUGCAGGAGUACGGCCUACUGCCUGACAAGCCCCAGGUGGUCGCCAAGACGGUUCGCAAUGGAGCCAUCAUACAGACCAUUGGGAGUGAUGAGGACUCUGACCUUGAUAUAGACUAGAGCCACGCUAUCUUAAAUAUGUUGUAUGCUUGACAUAGCAUAAAGGUUAUUAUGAACAAACAAAGCGGAGACUUUGAGAACAAGGUCGUAAUAUUAAGAGAGUAAAAUUGUAACUUAAUGAGAAUAUAUAUAUAUAUAUAUAUGUUGAGAAAAAGUGUAUAUUUUUUUAGGAAUCAAUAAGCAAAGAGAAUCAAUGCUUUAAA